AUGAUUCCACAUGUUCAGGUCAGGGGAUAUAUAUCUCAUAGUAAUGCACCACGCAACGGUCGGCCACAAGCGCUGGACGACAAGGCCCUGAAAGCAGCCAUUAAGAGUGACAGUAGCCAAACAUAUGGUAAGCUUGCUACACACUUUCAGGUAUCUGAUGGAACGAUCAGACUCCAUUUGCGCCGCAUAGGAAAGGCAUACAAGCUGAGCAAAUGGGUACCCUACUCACUGUCGAAUGCAAACAAGCAACAGCGUGUCGCAGCCUGUUUGCCAUUGCUUACUCGGCACCGCAAUACAUCCAUUUUUGAUCGAGUACUCACCAGCGAUGAAAAGUGGGUCCAGUAUGACACACCAGGCGUUCCAGACAUUGGUUUUCACCACGGGACCCUGUGCCAUACUGCGGACUUUCUCCACCCACACAAAGAUCAUGCCUGUAUCUGGUGGAUAGUCGCAACUGUUGCACCAUGA